AUGCGCCGGAAAACACGUUUCGUUUGCGUCUCUGAUACACAUGGCUAUACGCCCUCCGAAGCAGGCUUCAAACUCCCAGCAGGGGAUGUCCUGAUACAUGCGGGCGAUUUGACUAACAAUGGAAGCCUAAAAGAGCUUCGCAAGACAAUAGAUUGGAUUUCCAAAGCUGACUUUGAAAUCAAGAUCAUUGUUGGUGGCAACCACGAUAUCACACUAGACCAGUCAUUCUAUUCAGAGCAUGGACGGAGCUUUCACGGGCGGCAGCUUGAAAGCACGCAGCAGUGUCUGAAACUUAUCACAGAGUCGCCAUCAAUCGUAUUCCUUCGCCACGAGACUGCUGUAGUUCGCUUGACUCGUGCAGACGGGCCCAACACAAUAUUCAAAGUCUUUGGGUCCCCUUACUCGCAAUUCAAAGGGAACUGGGCAUUUGGAUACGACUCGGAAGAUGCUGCUGGGCUAUGGACGCAGAUAUCACUUGACACGGAUAUCGUGGUCACGCACACGCCACCACAUUCUCACUGCGACCAGAAACCGAAUGGAACGUUCGCAGGAUGCACUGAGCUCCGCAAGGCCUUGAGCCUCAUCAGGCCGCACUUGGCUAUUUGCGGCCAUGUGCAUGAAGGACGAGGAUACGAAAGGGUUCGCUGGCGAUCGCUUACAGGAGAAACAGAAAUAAGCACCAAAUUUGAAUCGCACGAUUCAGUUGACCGUGUCACUCGAGGCAAGCUGCCGUCCGUGGGUAGCAGAAAGCAAAGCCUGAUCGACCUGACCGGCAACCGCGAUCAACGACUGGAUAACGAGGGAUUUUCACACCCGCACUAUAGACAUGAUAUGACAGUGAAGAGUUUAACGAUGUCAUCGGUCUUGCUGGGGGUGGGGUCAGACUCACCUGCAACAGUUCCUGAAGAGGCAAGUCCACAAACACCAAAUUCGCCGAGCGAUCAGCCGUGCCUGAGCGCGCCUAUCCACCUUGAUUUCGAUCACGACUUGCAAACUCUCAGAAGGGAAUCUUGCAUCGUCAACGCCGCUGUCGUGGCAACCAGUUGGCCACAUCGUGGUGGCAAAAGGUUCAAUGCGCCGAUUGUCGUGAACCUGGAUUUACCCGUGUGGCAGGCCGACCACGCGGUCGCGAACGGAUGA